AUGUUCAAAGACUUCCAGGACUCUUUAACGUCCGAAUACCCAUCAGACGACCUUGGGUUGCUGCCGAUGGAAGAUGAGCCUGAGCAUUCAGUGUCAGAGACCCAUGACGAUGGCAAAACACUUCUGUAUCCCGAUGCAGGAGACAUGUUUCCCUUCAAGACGGCUGAAAGACUGUUAGAUGAAGUAAAACUUGAGAUGAGCUACAGGAACUCUCAGCACGAUUUUCGACUUCGUGACGGGGUCUUGAAGUUGCCUGUCCUGGAGUAUUCGAGGAGGAGACCAAAUAAUACCUAUAGCAUAGGCCAUCUAGUGGACCAAGUGGCUCUCAAGACCCGCUACGAAUAUGAAUCCAAGAGCUGCCCGCAAUUGAACCGAGUCUGUGUGUUUAUGGGGGUUUUGAUUGACCAUUCCGUCAUCCCCACGACUCCUCAAGAGGUUUUAGAGGUCCCCAUUUACCAUUUGAAAUUAACAGUUAAGACUCGAACACAUUUAGAGCGCCUGCGCAAACAAGCUGGUGUCCGGCACUUUCAUCUACUUUCAUCUUUGCAUCCUGCAGACGCAGCCGAUUUAAUGUUAGCAGAUUCAUCAGAUCCGCAGCUCAUUGAGUCCGCUGUGUAUGUUUCGAAUGAUACUAAUAAGCUUGUCUGCAUUGAAAUAUUCAGAUCUGAACUCUCUCACAUCGAUUUAAAGUCAUUUGACCCAGAUAGUAUUCGGCAGCGAUAUGAAAAUGCCUGCCAGAAAUUUCCGGACUUGGAUCCAGAAGCCGUACCGUCACAAGCCGAGUGCUUCAGUACACUUUUGAAAAUAUUUAAAGGUCCGCUUAGUAGACAGGGUCCUGGAGACGUCUUGAAAACCAUAUCUGCUGACAACAAGUUUUUGAACUCUCAAUUAGAUCCUAGCUGGUUAACUGACAAAUUUCAGUUUCAACUGUGCAAGGCGCAGUCAGAUGAAGAAGACCAAAAUACGUCCUUAGAAUUUCAGCCUCCCGAUAUGACUGAUUAUGUUCAAGACAAUUCAGUGAGAAAGCUUCGAGAGUCUUAUGUUCGCAAGUGUCUCGAAUUAAUCUUUUUGGGUAAGCUCUCCAGUUCUAUGAUGGCAAAAAAUUGCCCAACGAUGGAAAAUAAGGCUCGCUCAUUUCAACUCUACCAGUUCAACUACACUUCUUCCUUUUUUUACCAUGUCUUGGGUGAAAACAGAGGCAUAGCUGACCAAGAAAAUAAGGAUAUUGACUACAACUACAACUUUGUUAAUCUUUCUGCAUGCAACUAUUACAAUGAGAAAGACAUAAUCAAAAAUUACGAAUGUCAAGUCAAACUGGAUCCUGAGAACGCCGGAAUCUACUUUGAUGCGCUCACGUAUGUUGCGAAUGUAAAAGGAAAUUAUCACCUGAUUGCGUAUACUCGCAAGCAAGAUGUAGUAGGAAAAGAAAGUCUCGACUCGGCUCUCUCAUUGUUUGGAAUUGACUCUUUCAAUGCCAACCUAGAUGCUAUUACCGAUGAUCUACUACUAGGAAUUUACAGAAAAGAAAUUUAUCAAGCGGGUACUCAAAAACGCGCGAAUCUUAAGAACGCUUUGAGGUUAAUAGCGAAGGCCAAAAAUAGCGAGGCUUUACGAUUCUAUGCCGCUUAUGAGCCUUAUGAGAAUGCAUACCAGGCAUAUCGUUUGCUGGAAAUUGACGAAUCUGUAGACGUGGAUGUUAUCGAGACGGCAUACACUAUAAAGAUCGUCGACUCGCCUGGCUUAAAGAUUGACUGCGAUAGAGCAAUUUAUACCCUUGCGGUUAAUAAACGAAGCAUGCCAUUGUUCAAUUUCCUUAAGGAGCAAUGCCCAUUAUUUCAAGAGUAUUACUCUGCUGACAAUCUCAACUAUCGGGAGGCUUUGGAACUUUUACAAGUGAAUGAAAACGCAUCUGACGAAGUCGCUCUAGAAGUCUUUCAAAGAAAAUGGUUUCAUGAAGCCGUUUCUUCUCCUGAUCAAUUUUUAAAGUUAGGUAGCGCUUUGAAGAAGAUCGGCCAAGAGCGCAACUCUCUACUAAUAGAUCGGUAUCUGGAAACUGGAAGAAUUGACGUUUCAUGCCUUCCUGCAGGUAAUUGGCCUACCGGUUUGAAUAAUAUUGGCAACACUUGCUACUUGAACUCUUUGCUGCAAUACUACUUCUGCAUUUCACCUUUGCGGGAAGCCAUCAUGAAAUAUCAGAGCACUUUGAGCGAGUUUCAACAUUCACUUGGCCAUCUUGGCGCUAAAAGGCGUAUUGGUGGGCGGGAAAUUAGCAAGCCCGAAGUUGAAAGAUCUGUCCAGUUCGUCUAUCAAUUACGUGAUUUGUUCGCAAAUAUGGUUCAUACCAACAGCAAAUUUGUUACUCCCACAAAAGAACUGGCGUACCUUGCAUUCGCCCCAAGCAACAUUGAAGUUGACUUCGAAGAGACGCCGCCGCCUAAGGAGACCGGGACAGACGAAGAUAUCGCGAUCAUUGAUCUAACCAAUGAUAGUAGCGAGGAUGUGGACAUGUCAAAACUUCCGUCAAUGGAAGGCCAAGCUGACUCUAGAAAUGCCGCUGAAGACAUAAUACUCAAGGGUGCUGAACCUUCGGAGCCCAUGGUCACCUCAACUAGAGUGACAAAUAUUAGCGCUGACCAACUUGAGAACGCGCUGGAGAUGGGGCGACAACAAGAUGUGACUGAGUGCAUUGGUAAUGUGCUUUUUCAAUUGGAGAGUGCCUCUGACCCAAUUAAUUUGGAUGAAGACGGAGAACAAUAUGAUUUGAUAAAAGAGCUAUUUUUCGGCAAACUCAAACAAAACUUAGUUCCUCUGAAUGACGUUCAAAAGAUAAGAACCAAAAUUGAGCGAUUUGUGUCUUUACUGAUUAACGUAGGAGAUCAUCCCAAAGACGUUUACGAUGCAUUGGAUCAGUAUUUUAAAGAUGAUAUUUUGCAGCUGGAUGACGGUCAUGUGAAAAGGAGUGUAUCGGUAACACAGCUUCCUACCGUAUUGCAGAUCCAAAUUCAAAGAGUCUAUUACGAUCGCGAAAAGUUCAUGCCGUUCAAAUCAAUCGAGCCUUUGCCCUUCAAAGAUAUAAUAUACAUGGAUAGAUACAUGGACACAAAGGACCCGAUAUUAUUGGCAAAACGGGAAGAAGCUGCAGCGAUGAAGUCGGAGCUAGAAUCAUUGAAAAUGAGACAGCGGGCUUUGUUGGAGAAGAAUGGCAGUGGGAUGAGCUUUAAAACGUCGUUAUUGGAGACCAAAAAAUUCUUGCAAUCAGAAGUUUUGAAUCAGCAUGCGAUUAAUAUUCCAAAUAAGACAGAAUCCCUCACGACCAUCGAUUCCUUGAUCUUAAAAAUUGAUAACGAGCUUGCAGAGCUGUAUCAGCGAGUCACCAUUUUAGACCAAAAACUGAGCACUCAUUUCAACGAUUUCCAAAGCCAUGGUUAUUCAUUGUUUGCAGUUUUCAUACAUCGUGGUGAGGCCAGUUAUGGGCAUUACUGGAUCUACAUAAAAGACCACGCUCGCAAUGGAAUUUGGCGCAAGUACAAUGACGAGACGGUAACCGAGGCGCCCGAAAGUGAGGUUUUCAAUUUUGCGGCAGGAAAUACCGCAACACCAUACUUUCUCGUGUAUGUGAAACAAGGCCAAGAAGAUGUCAUAGAACCUCUAAAGAGAGUCGUGCUUGCGGACUAA